AUCUUAAGUCAGCUGUUUCGCGCGCAUGUCAUGUCAAACGUCAAUACAAACUCUAUAAAAUUUUUCUCCGUUCUUCUGCUCUCUUUCUUUUUGUGUGUGUUUAUUAAUUUUUUUUUGUUUAACACAAAACACACACACACACACACACACACAUGUGUGUGGAAAGAAAGAAUAGAUUGGGAACAAUCAAUUAGGUAGAAGUUUUAUUGUAAGCAAUUCUCUGCUAAUUAAGAUUAUGAGUAACCUCACUAUAGAAAAUGAAGAAGAUCUGGAUAAUGUAUCUCCACCAAAACAAGCUAAAACUACAUCUUUCCAAUCUGCUUUUAGUAACUUAAAGAAAUCCGAGUUUUUCAAGGAACAAUUGCCAGCACCUGAAACUUCUGCAGCAACAAUUUCUUACAGAACCAAUGCUGUCUUAGUCAGCCCAAAACAGAAGGGUAAUCCAUUGCUAAAGUUUAUAAAUAAUGUUCCAUGGGAACAUUCCGACAUUGUACCAGACUAUGUAAUGGGAAAAACUACAUGUGCUCUUUUCUUAUCUAUCCGUUAUCACCAACUCAAUCCAGAUUAUAUUCAUGAAAGACUCAAAUUGUUAGGUAAUGCUUACAAUUUGCGAGUACUUCUUGUGCAGAUUGACGUUGCUGAUCCUCAUCAUGCUUUGAAACAUUUAACAAGAAUAUCCAUUCUGGCAGACAUGACGAUAAUGUUAGCAUGGAGUGCAGAAGAUGCAGGAAAAAUUAUUGAAACUUACAAAAGAUACGAGGCCAAACCCCCUGAUGAUAUUAUGGAACGCAGCAAUACAGCACCCCAUCAAAAGUUGAUUAAUGCUUUAACAACAGUAAGAUCUAUCAACAAAACUGAUGCAACAACUCUUCUAACAACUUUUGGCACAUUGGCUGAUAUUGUGAGAACACAACCCAAUACGCUGGCUUUAUGUCCUGGAUUUGGAUUACACAAAGCUCAGAAGCUUCAUAAAGUUUUGCAUGAAUCUUUUCUACGUACACCAUAAAUCCUUUUAAUAAUGAAUGAAAUAAUAUGAUGAAUGAAUAAUAAAUUUUUUAU